UCUUCCGCUCGGGCAGUUUGAAACCGUCGGUGCCGCCGGCCGGAGCCCGCAGACUUACUUUGUGCAGAAUGUCAUCUGAUGAGGAGAAAAGCACAAGUCCAGUUUUGCCAAAAGACUCUGUUCAGGACAGUUCUGUUUCUUCAGAUCCUCAGGAUGAAUAUGAAGAGCUGUUUCGUUAUACUGUAGUAACUCCAAGGUUUGAACAGUGUGUCUCAAAGUUGCCAGAACCUGCCUCAGAACAGAGACCAGCUGACAGAACUUCCAGGCUAACUGAUGAUGCCAGUCACCGUAAAACUCCAGUCUCAACAUCAAUGAAGCAGGCCCAUAUGGAACAGCCUGCUCUUUCAGAAGCAAGUUCUUCACAAGGGUCCAUACAUGGUCCGAGAGAAGUCAGCAAAACCUCAGUGACUGAAUUAACUUCACCAGAGGAAAAACUCACUCAAAUAGAAAAUAUACUUGAUCUCUGGAGUGGAAGUCUUAAGACAAAUAUUCUGACUGAACUGAAAAAUUGGAAACUUAAUUUGAUUCAACAUCACAAGCUUCAAAUGAGACAAGAGAAAGAGAAACAUGCCGCACAUGUGAAACAAUUGCAGAAUGAGAUGGAAAACCUGAAGGAGUUACUUCAUACUUAUGAAAUCUCUAUUAGCAGGAAAGAUGAGGUAAUUACUAACUUGACCCAAGCAUUAGAGAAGCAAAAGGAGCGAGUAGAGUUGAUGAGAAAGUUUACGAUGUGGCGGAUUCAGCAUGUUAAAACCAAACAAGAGGAGUAUGCAAAUAGCAUAGCGGACAGACAUUUCCAGACAGCUUUGAUGAAGAAAGUGUGGGCAGCAUGGCGCUCUGCUAGUGAAGUAAGAUGGAAAGACAAAGUAGCAAGAGCCUGUCAGUUAAGGGCAGAAGAUGUGUGUGUUCAGCUGACCAAUGAUUAUGAAGCCAAAAUUGCAGAGCUAACUGCUACUGUGGAACAGAGGAAAGCUGAGAUUCUGCGACUGCACAGUGAAAGAGAUCACUAUGAAGACACCAUGAAGAAAGCCUUUAUGCGUGGUGUAUGUGCUUUGAAUCUGGAAGCAAUGUCCAUGUUUCAAAGCAAGGACAGUAGGCCAGAUCCUGAUACAGGAAGCAGGAGAAAUGAUAAUGCUCCCACUGGUGCAGGAAGGCCACCUCCUUCACAGUAUAAUCCGCCCUCACCACCACCUCCACCAGCAGCUUCUCUUCAGAUGGAAGGCAUGUUUUCUAGCCACCUGGCUCAUGGAAGCACUCCUGAGACCAGGCUAGAUGCUGAUUCUCCAGGAAUCAUCAGUAGCACAGCAGGAUCUGGUGUGACAUCAAUUCAAAAACUGCCCAUGGCAAAAGUAAUAACAUCUGCACAACAGAAAGCAGGAAGAACAAUCACUGCUCGAAUCACAGGCCGAGCUGAUAUGGGACAAAGAUCCAGAGCUUCUGGGAGUUUAGCAGUGAUGGGAGUUGCUCCACCCAUGAGUUCAGUCAUUGUUGAGAAACAUCAUCCGGUCACUCAGCAAACCAUAUCACAAGCCACUGCUGCUAAAUAUCCUCGAACUGUGCUUCAUUCUUCCGGCUCUACCACUGCGAGACCUGCAGGACAAGCUGGGCGAGUGCUUCAGGGCCAAACCCAUGCCAGUGUUCAGUCAAUAAAAGUUGUUGACUGAUUGACUGUCUUUCUCACCGGUAGGGGUUUUUAAUCAAGGUACCUCUUCCCAGUCUUUUCAGAUUUGAUGCAGUAAGGCCUAAAGUACAUGUCAUGUUUUUACCCUUUUCUAAAAAAAAAAGGGUUUUUUUAAGCAAAAGUGCAUUUAUAAUAAAUGUCUGGAGGGGCAAAAGAACUUGAACUGUUGUUCUACCUCCAAACUUUUAUUAUUAAGACAAACACUUUUUAUUUAAGGAAUCCUUUGCACACUUUCAAAUAAAGGAUACAAUGUAA